GGUUGAGUGGCCGGACGUUUGGGAGCGACGGACCGGCCUAGCUCUCCGCCGGGAUGGCGGCACACGCCCGGUUCGUGUCGCGGACGGUAAUGGUUCGAGGCGGGGACGUGGAGGCGGCCUACCGGACACUAACCCGGAUCCUGACCACAGAUGGGGUCAUAGAGGAUGCCAAGCGAAGGCGCUACUACGAGAAGCCGUGCCGGAAGCGCAUCCGGGAGAAUUACGAGAACUGCCGCAGGAUCUACAAUGCGGAGAUGGCCCGGAAGCUGGCCUUCCUGAUGAAGGCCAAUCGGCAGGACCCCUGGCUGGGCUGCUAAAAGCACCCUUCUCCCGUCCCGUCGGUGAAGCUGACGGGUGGGGAACUGACAGGUUACGGGUCUGGACUCAGCAGUGAGGUGAAGCAGGCAAGGGCUGUCUGGGUAUCGCCUAAUGUUAGGCACCGGACUCUCAGCCCAGCUGGAAGUCUGGACUGAAACAGGAUUGUGAUUCUCAAUAAACAGAACUGGAUUCAACAAACCAAACAUUUGUUUUACUUUAGCACCUGUAACCUCCAGUCACUCAAUCUUUAACUGCCUCCAGCCCCUAUACUCCUUGCUGUAUCUCUGGGACCCUCUCACACUCCUACUCUUCCUGUGAUCCUCCAACUCAUCAAAAAAUUCUUGUGCUCCUCUAGUCCUGCCCUUUCUAUUGUCUCCUGGAUCCUAUCUCCCCCCCCACCCCGGUAAUCUCCUCUGCCCCUCUUUUCUCCUGAAAAAAACGACUGCCUGUUCUGAACUUUUAGAGACCUAUCCUAACACCUCCAUAACUAUCCCUGCAAGAUUUUUCUCUCUAUAUAGCGUGGCUGUAUUUUAGUGAUACCUUGUAUAUGCUUGCUCGCUUGUAUGUGCUAGGCCUCUGGCCCCGGUGUCACUUGUUUAUAGCCCGUCAGCCGGUGUGUUCCGCCGGGCUGGUGUGGCUUGGUGUCCAGGCUGGGGUUGGUGCUGCCCCCCAGUGUUUGCUCAGCAGAAGACAAGUUCUGUUGUGGUUGGCUGCUGAUCUCAGCGGCGUUGUUUGGCUCGAGUUCGGACUCUUAUCGCUUGGCUGUAUCUUCCUAUCUUAUACGAGCUCUGUGUUUUGCACCUUGGGCCUGGAGUAACGCAGUUUCAUUUGUCUGUUUUCAUGAGUAUUCGUGUAUGGCUGAAUGUAGGCAAAAUGAGUCAGGAAUAGAUGACAUUGAGAGAGUUGUCAGGGGCCCCGCAGAUAUGAAUGUAACAGGCCAAGGAACUCAGGUGCAGACACUGGUUAUUGUGUGCUACUCGAUAUGGGGGGGGGAGUCAAUCCUGGCAUUGAAAAGGAAUUGUUUACACUUUAAAGCUUUAAAAAAAGACAAUGCACAUUAUUGAAUAAUCCGCAGUACAAGAUGUUCAAAGUAAAAUUUAUUAUCAGAGUGCAUACAUGUCACCACAUACAACACUGGGAUUCUUUUUCUGCGGGCAUACUUUGCAAAUCUAUAGAACGGUAACUGUAAACAGGAUCUGUAAACUGUAAACAAACUGCAAAUGCCAAUAAUAAAUAAAUAGCAAUAAAUAACGAGCAUGAAGUGACAAGAUAAGAGAGUCUGUGAGGGAGUGUAGUUAUCCCCUUUUGUUCAAGAGCCUGAUGGUUGAGGGGUGGAAAUUGUUCCUGAACCUGGUGGUGUGAGUCCUGAGGCUCCUGUACCUUCUACCUGAUGGCAGCAGUGAGAAAAGAGCAUGGCCUGAGUGCCAAGGAUCUUUGAUGAUGGAUGUUGCUUUUCUACAGCAACGGUUCAUGUAGAUGAUCAAGUUGAAUUGUCGUUCAGCUGCACAUAGAUACCCAUGGAAACAGCCAAGGUGCAAAACACAGUACCAACAGUCAUACGCAGGCCAAGGUACAUAUAACACGUACUGUACAAAAUACUUUAUACUUUAUUGUCGCCAAACAAUCGAUACUAGAACAUACAAUCAUCACAGCGAUAUUUGAUUCUGCGCUUUCCGCUCCCUUGAUUACAAAUAUUAAAUAUAGUGAAAAUUAGUAAAUAUUAAAAAUUUAAAUUAUAAAUCAUAAAUGGAAAGUAAGGUAGUGCAAAAAAAAACUGAGAGGCAGGUCUGGAUAUUCGGAGGGUACGGCCCAGAUCCGGGUCAAGAUCCAUUCAUCAGUCUUAUCACAGUUGGAAAGAAGCUGUUCCCAAAUCUGGCCGUACGAGUCUUCAAGCUCCUGAGCCUUAAAAAUAGUAGUAAACAUAGCAGUUAAAUAGACAUGUAUUAAAUUUUGUAAAAAUAUUCGCUGAAAGUGAACAAUUCCAAGUGAUACUUGAGCUCUGUGUGAGCAUGCAGCAUGUAAAGUGUCUGUACAAGUCAAGUGCUGUAGGUUUGUUGGUGUAUUCUUGCACCAUAGGUUUGUUAAUAGCCUCUGGAUUCUUUCUUAGCCUGAGGCACUAAUGGCAUGAGAACAAAAGACCACAGUGUUUAUCUCUCCCUGUGCUUGUGGAUUGAACCCCUUCUUAUUGAGGUACCUUUUGCUCGGCUCUUGGGACUUCACCUAGACUGGGGAUCAUGAUCAAUAGAUGCCUAGGAUGGACCCAGGGUGAUAUCACGAGUUGGAAUUCGGAGCUGUCCCGACAGCGGUGACAGUCAAGUGGCAGCUGAGAAUUGUGAGCCCUGAAAUCUUUGUGGCAAUGUUUGUAAUUUUAUGAUGUAUUAGUGUGGUUUAUUUGUGCUUUCUAUUUUUAUGAUAAUAAAUUAGACUUAAGUUA